AUGCAAACCGGGAAUGAACUAACUGCAAACAGACCCAAAGCACCCGAAACAGCCAUCCAACAAACCAAUGGAAUAAGAGAAAAUCCGAUUCAUACGAUCGGUCGUAAUGAAAUCGAAGUUUGGAUGAAUCUGAAGAAGACUGUUGUUGAGGAACUUGUUGGCCACAAUCAACGACGUACUUCCUGUGAUCAGGACGUUACAGAGAAGCGCAUCUCCCUUAUGAGUAUGUCGGUAGAAUUGACAGUGAGUAAAGGGCGACGUGCUCAAAAACUCCGUACCACGGCAGCUGACUCAAAGCUGAUCAAAUCCAUGGUCAAGUUGUUGAUUGCCAUGCCUCCAAUCGACAAAAGUCACACAGCCGAACUCAGCCUAUCGUUCCGGAUCUCAGCACAAGGAGGCGGUCACAGAAGUUGA